AUGGGGCUCCCCACUCUGGAGUUCAGUGAUUCCUAUUUGGACAGCCCGGAUUUCAGGGAGCGUCUGCAGUGCCACGAGAUUGAGCUGGAGCGCACCAACAAAUUCAUCAAAGAGCUCAUCAAGGACGGCUCCCUGCUCAUCGGGGCCCUGCGGAAUCUGUCCAUGGCAGUACAGAAAUUUUCACAGUCACUGCAAGACUUCCAAUUUGAAUGCAUUGGUGAUGCAGAAACAGAUGAUGAAAUUAGUAUUGCUCAAUCCCUGAAAGAAUUUGCCAGGCUCCUCAUUGCUGUAGAGGAAGAAAGGAGAAGACUGAUUCAGAAUGCUAAUGAUGUGCUAAUAGCCCCCCUUGAGAAGUUUCGUAAAGAACAAAUUGGUGCAGCCAAAGAUGGAAAGAAGAAGUUUGACAAAGAGAGUGAGAAAUAUUAUUCUAUCCUCGACAAGCACUUAAAUUUAUCAGCAAAGAAAAAGGAGUCUCAUUUGCAAGAGGCGGAUUCCCAGAUAGAUCGAGAACAUCAAAACUUCUAUGAAGCAUCACUGGAAUAUGUCUUUAAAAUUCAAGAAGUGCAGGAAAAAAAGAAGUUCGAAUUUGUUGAGCCUCUCUUAUCAUUUCUCCAGGGUUUGUUCAACUUCUAUCAUGAGGGCUACGAACUGGCCCAAGAAUUCGCUCCGUACAAGCAGCAGUUACAGUUCAACCUACAGAACACGAGGAAUAAUUUUGAAAGCACUCGGCAAGAGGUGGAGAGACUGAUGCAGAGGAUGAAAUCUGCCAACCAAGACUACCGACCACCAAGCCAGUGGACAAUGGAAGGGUAUCUUUAUGUACAAGAAAAACGACCCCUUGGGUUUACGUGGAUUAAACAUUACUGUACGUAUGAUAAAGGAAGUAAAACCUUCACAAUGAGUGUUUCUGAAACAAAGUCCAGUGGCAAAGUGAAUGGCCUUGUCACUAGCUCACCAGAAAUGCUUAAGUUAAAAUCUUGUAUCCGGAGAAAGACCGACUCAAUUGACAAACGAUUCUGCUUUGACAUAGAAGUAGUUGAGAGGCAUGGAAUCAUAACACUUCAAGCUUUCUCAGAAGCCAACAGGAAACUAUGGCUUGAAGCAAUGGAUGGAAAGGAACCGAUUUACACCCUGCCGGCCAUUAUUAGCAAGAAAGAAGAAAUGUAUUUAAAUGAAGCAGGAUUUAACUUUGUGAGGAAAUGCAUUCAUGCUGUGGAGACGAGAGGAAUCACUAUCUUGGGUCUCUACAGGAUAGGAGGAGUGAACUCUAAAGUUCAGAAGCUCAUGAAUACUACAUUUUCCCCUAAAUCUCCUCCUGAUAUGGAUAUAGAUGUAGAAAUGUGGGACAAUAAGACUAUAACAAGUGGACUAAAAAACUACCUCAGGUGCCUAACAGAACCACUCAUGACUUAUAAAUUACACAAGGAUUUCAUUGUUGCAGUCAAGUCAGAUGACCAAAACUACAGGGUGGAGGCAGUGCAUGCUUUGGUUCACAAAUUGCCCGAGAAGAACAGAGAGAUGCUGGACAUUCUAAUCAAGCACUUAGUCAAAGUAUCACUGCACAGCCAACAAAAUCUAAUGACUGUCUCCAAUCUGGGUGUGAUCUUUGGUCCAACUCUGAUGAGAGCCCAGGAAGAAACCGUGGCUGCUAUGAUGAACAUAAAAUUUCAGAAUAUUGUAGUCGAAAUUCUGAUAGAGCACUAUGAAAAGAUAUUCCACACUGCCCCAGACCCAAAUAUUCCUCUUCCUCAGCCUCAGUCCCGGUCAGGAUCCAGACGCACUAGAGCAAUUUGCCUCUCAACGGGCUCACGGAAACCAAAGGGACGAUAUACACCAUGCCUCGCUGAGCCUGACAGCGAUUCGUACAGCAGUAGUGCUGAUAGCACACCUAUGGGUAGCAUAGAGUCUCUGUCUUCGCACUCCUCAGAACAGAACAGCACCACAAAGUCUGCAUCCUCCCAGCAGAGAGAAAAAUCAGGCGGGAUUCCCUGGAUCGCCUCAUCACCCCCUUCCAACGGCCAAAAGAGCUCAAGCCUCUGGACAACAAGCCCAGAAUCAAGCUCCAAGGAAGACGCCACAAAGACAGAUGUGGAGUCGGACUGUCAAAGUGUAGCAUCUGUCACCUGCUCGGGAAAUGCAUCGCCGCCGAUAGACCUGGUCAAGAAAGGACCUUACGGGCUGUCUGGUCUGAAGAGAUCUGCCGCUUCCUCCCUGCGAUCCAUCCCGGCCACAGAUGGAAACAGAAGUUACAGUGGAUCCAUUCAAAGCCUGUCUUCUCUAGAGUCCAAAGAGACCCCUAAAGCCCCGCCAAACCCCGACCUGCCUCCCAAAAUGUGCAGGCGAUUAAGGUUAGACACAGCAUCAAGCAAUGGCUAUCAACGACCUGGGUCAGUCGUGGCUGCCAAGGCCCAGCUGUUUGAAAGUGCCGGUUCAUUUAAGCAAACGACUUCUGGGCGCCAAGCCAAAGCCAUGUACUCCUGCAAAGCUGAGCACAGUCAUGAGCUUUCCUUUCCCCAGGGAGCAAUUUUUUCCAAUGUGUACCCAUCCGUGGAACCUGGAUGGUUAAAAGCAACUUACGAAGGCAAAACAGGACUAGUUCCAGAAAAUUAUGUUGUCUUCCUCUAAUGAUAUUUUAGUGGAUGGCAGUAUUUUCAUGGUAUCCAUGGAAACAAAUAAUAAGUGCUUGAAUUUAUCUGACACAGAUAUCGGGAUUGGCCAGCUAAAUGAAAACGGUAGAUUUUUGUCAAGUUCUGCACCAGCGGAUGAUGUGCUGCCACGCAACUAAAACACAAGGAAUGAAAAUUGUUGUGCUUUCAUUUUUUAGUUGAUGUAUUAUUUCAAGUCACUUGCAUAAACAAAUUGCUCCUUCCCUCCAUCACAUUUCAAUGAUAAAAUCAGAAAUAUGAUAUCUUCAUUAGUUCUAGGCCACUAGUAUGGGCAGAGCAGUGCUAUAGUAAAUCUGCCUGUGAGGAGAGGGGCUGUGUUCCAAAAAGACCUCAUGUUAUAGAAAGCUCACUUUAUAAUGUCCACAGUAGCCACUUUCUCAGAACUGUUUCUUCCAACCCUGCAUUGUGUUGUAUGCAGAUGGGUGCGUGUAUGGGGAAGAAUGUCCCCUAAUAUCGCGUGAUUCUUGAGGAUAUUGAAUAAUGUAUUUAUUACUCUCUAGAGCUCUCUUAAGAAUCUUGAAGUCAUAUGACUUAGAAUCUUCUCUAAGAUUUCGUUCUUGUCUAGAAUUUUGAGGGAACAAGAUGUUGUUGAAUGGUCCAUGACAUUUCAAGAAAAACUUGUCUUCUGCAGCUGGUAUGUUACUUCUUAUUUUUGUUGUCCCAGCAGGUGAUGUUCAAAUGCAGUAAUGUGUGUAAUGUUUGUUAAUGAUCCCAAAUUAGGUUACACAAUAACUACAUUUUUAAAACUUGUCCAAAGUGUAAUUACAGGCACCUUUGUUAUUUGAAAUAUUACAUAAACUUAUGUUCAAUGGAUAACAAUUAAAAAGAAUAGCAUUAAUUUCCUAUGCUACAGUGUUAUCAGGCCUUUUAAAUAUCAAGUUCUUGCUUUUGAGGUUGUCUACUAUAAGUAAAACUUGAUCAUUUAAAGAACUUGAUCCUUAAAGCAAGGAAUUUAGCCCAAAAUUAAUUUAAAAACUAUUCUUAAGUGAAUUUGUUGCUUUCUUAAUGAAAUCAAACUAUAACAUCCCUCUGUCUUUAUUAAACUAGAGCAAAACCCCCUUCUUAUCUAUAUUUCCUGUUGUAACUUGGCUUAACUUGGCUCAAUCAAUUGCUUUUACUGAGCUCUAACUGGGAGAGUCCAAUAUAAAAGAGUUGGUAGACACAGUUUACAGCCUAGAGGCUCGUAUAAUUAGAAUGUAGAUUUCAUUCCAAAUCCAAUAGUUUCAAAAAAGUUGAAAAUUGUUAAAGAAAAUGAUUUAGGAAGACUGGUGGGCUUACCUUUAAAUUGAUAUAAUUGUUAACUUCAGUCUAUAAAAGAUGACCUUUCUAGAAAACUCAAUAUUAUAUAUCUAUGGGUUAUACCACAGAGCCCAAUCAGCUCCAAAAAAUAGAAUAGCAAUGACAAAAACCUAUUAUAGAAAGAGAAAAAAAUGACCAGGCAAAGUUUUAGAGGUGACAGGUAAGCAUCAUAGAAAUGAUGCAUUAUAUUUUAGAAAAAGAUGGCUAAUGCGUUAUCCCGGAUAAACCACUGGAGCUGUGUAUAUCCGCGUCCUCCUCAUUAUUAUUCCACUCAUUAGCCGUGAAGGUAGGAAUGAUGAGAGUUUGUGCCACCAAGUGCCAAGUGACAGAACUUUGUCACCUCCUACAAUCAUAUCUGCACACCAUAUGCCAGUGUUGCCUGUAACACACUAAAUCCUUACAUGAAUUUGACACGUUUUAGAGUGGUUAAUUUUUUUAAUACAAUGGUAACAUUUUUCCCCCUAAAGGCUCCUACCCAGAUCUACUUCCUAAAUCAAAGGUUUUGCCAUGCAUUCAUGGCAAACGGGCUCACAGUCUAGAAGGGGGAGACAGACAGCAAAACAAAACAUGGAGACAGGUGAUGAUACGCCUACAUUUUCUAGCACCUUGUGUUAAUCAUAAGGUUAGUAAUAGUCCUUUUUUUAAAAAAAAAAACUGCAUUGAAUAUUAAAAAAAAACAACUCUCCCAAACCUACACAAUGGCUACUACAGUAGGCCUUCUAGGAAUAAGUUAAAGUCCUUUCACAGAACAACUUCUCUCUAAGCGCGACUCAGAUUUGCAGUCUGCUUGCUACUGAAUUAAGCAAUCUUGCUCUUUCACUUUUCUUUGGAAGAAAUAGAAUUUCACUUGAUCUAAAUUCAAUCCAAGAGGAUUUCAAACCAUCCCGUGGAGGUGGCGGUAUGCUGGGCUUUGGGAGUAGUUUAUGAAAAGGACUCUGCUAUCAGGCACCACUGGAAAGGAGGUUGCAAAUACUAUUUUUUUAUUGUAAACAAAUGGACAAGCUGUUGUGUUCUCUAUCUUCCUGAGUUUAAAAAAAAAAAAAAACUUUUUCACAAAACGCUUCACCUGUGAGGUUUGAACUUUAGCUAUUUUGCACUGCUGAUUGUUCCUGUUUUAUCUUUAUGACAUGAAUUUAUUCAUUGUUCCCUGGGCCCGCUUGACAAAAGAGGAGGAAAAAAAAGAGAGAGGAGAGAUUUCUUCUCUUUGAAACAGGUGUCAGAGAGAGGGAGUGCUUCACAGUGUUAGAGAAAUAUGAAAUUGCAAGUUAAAUUAUAGCUAAUUGUUACUUUGGACCACUUUCCAAAUUAAAUUUUAAUUUGGGAAAAAAAUCACAACAGGGAACUAUAGUAAGAUAGUCUUCACUUGAGCUGACUCAUAUAUUGCAUUUUUGUCACCAUAAUCAUUAUGUAGCCUAUGGUAAAUGUCAUUUAUGCUUUGUGAAUUCUACAUGCAUGUACAGAAAGUGUGUGUUGUUUAUACCUGUUAUAUUAUUUCAUAUGUAUUUCAAGUUCAAUGUGCUAAACCUAAGAAAUGGGUUGAAGGAUUUUUUUAUUGUGAGAUAUCUAAAUGUUUAAAACUUUUUUGUGUCAUCUUUGUACUCACUCUAGUCAAAAUGUUAUUGUGUCAUUUCUGCCACUCGGUGUUUAGCAAAUGAUGAACACAUUUUAAAGUUAUAACAUGGAUGUGAA